ACGUGAUUAGGCGUGUUUACCUACAAUGUAGCAAGACCACCAAUCCGUGUUUACCAACCUCAACCUCAAAUGUGAAAAAGCACAGUCGAGUUCAGAGUCACAACCAUUUACUGGAUUUAAAUCCGAUUCUCCGUUUAUUUUUCGCUAAUAACUGUUCAAUGCAUCCGAGAGAAGCAGACCUGAGUGUGUAGUUUGCGGCCAAACGAGCAGACGAGCGGACUCGGUGAAGGGUGAGCUCUUUGAGGGAUACUGGACUAACAGAUGCAUACCGGUACCUAAAUCUGCUGCCAGCCUCGUUAUGGGCAUUAUAGAGGAGACUGAUGUGGAGCAGGUGACCCUGGCUCUUUUGGAUGCUGCCAAUGACAGGGAUCCUGUGGUGCAGGAGCAGGUCAGGAAGUCAAUCUUGACAGUGGGGAACCAGCAGCCUGAUAAGGUCCUGUCAAUGUGCCAGGACUACCUGGUGAAACACCCAAAGCUUGUGGUCAGCCACAGAGUGGUGAUCUUGCAAACCAUUGAGUUGGUGGUGAAGAGCAGGAUUGAUAACAUCAGUUACCCCAAGAUUAAGAGUGUCAUACAUCUGGCGUCGGAUGAGAUGACCAAAUCAAAGGACGUUGUCCCAGAAUGGCAGCAAGCAGCUAGUAAUAUUUUGGUUGCUGUGGGCAACAAAUAUAUCAAUGACAUUAUGGAGGAGAUUCUCACCAAGUUUCAGCCGGGAGUUUUGCCACACUUUUUUGUGGUCCAAACACUAGCGAAUUUGUCAGAAUCGAAUGUAUAUGGCAUGGUGCCUUUUCUCAAUGCUAUAAUGGGGACCAUGUUGCCCAUGCUGGGCAUGGCCAAACAGGACAACAUGAAAUGGGUCUUUUCUUCUGCUCUCUGCCGCUUCAGCGAGAGCAUUCUAGAGUAUCUGGCCAAUUUGGAUAAGGCACCUGACCCCACCGUGCGCAAAGACACCUUCUCCAGUGAGAUCUUCUCGGCUUACGACAUCUUAUUCAGCAACUGGAUCCAAAGCAGAGAUUCCAAGCUGCGUCUGACUGUAGCGGAGGCCGUCGGGUCAAUGAGUCACCUGAUGGCUCAUGAUAAACUGGAAGAGCAGCUUCCCAAACUUCUUCCCACUAUACUGGGACUCUACAAAAAGAAUGCAGAACACUACAUCAUUAGCAAGAGUUUGUGUCAGAUUCUGGAGGCUUCUGUGAAUAUGGGCAGCAGAGUAUUGGAAACACAGAUUGAUGGUCUUUUACUCGCUCUGCACCAACAGAUAUGUUCACCUUUGGACUUUAAAAACCCUCCCACUGUGAAAAACCACAAUGAGGUGCUGCGAUGCUUCAGUAUUCUUGCAAACACGUUCCCCGACCGUCUGAUGGUGUUUGUUCUCCAGAGGCUGGAGAACAGUAAUGAGAGGAACAGAAUGGGCUCUCUGGCUGUGCUCAAACACCUCAUCAACUCAUCCACCUCAACUAUGGAAACCAAAAAACUUCUCAUUCUUGCCAGCAUCAGACAACCUUUGGCUGACCACAGCAAUAAGGUAAAGAAGAGCGUUGUGCAGGUGAUCAGUGCGAUGGCUCAUCAUGGAUACUUGGAGCUGGAUGGAGGAGACCUGCUUGUCCGAUUUAUCAUCCAGCAUUGUGCUCUACCAGACACUUGCAAUCGAGGACAGCGACCACCAGACCCAGAAGAGGUGACCAAUGAAGCUCUGCGAAGCAUGUGUGACAACACGCUGCACCUUUUCACUACUACGGUGGGACAGCUUACUGACGUUCUGUGGCCAAUGCUGCUUUGCUACCUGACCCCAAACCAGUAUUCCAAUGCCACAACCCCCCUGUGCAAGAGUUUAAUUCUGCUGGCCAAUAAAAAACGAGCAGCACAAGAACCCAGCUUUAUCAUCGACUUCAAUGCACAAGGCUCCAAUCUUCCCUCACAGUAUAUUCUGAUGAUAAGGCUCUUGGUUAAUGCCUCGUUCCCAUUUCGAUGUCGUGGGCACGGCGCUCCCUCUCUGAGUCUGCUCAAUGCAAUAAGCCCUAACAUUCACCCUAAAGUCAAACUACUAUGGGACGACCAAAUUCCAAAGUUACUCGAUUAUCUUGAAGAAAAAUCAGAAGAGUCUUUGGACCAAAAGAAUUGGGAAGAAAGUUUACUUCAGCUCCUGUCUAAAACCCUGGCAGUCAUUGAUGAUGGGAAGUGGAUCGCUCAGCUUGCAGGUGAAGCCACACGAUAUCUUCCUACGUACAACAGCUCACUGGAGGAGAAGAGUUUUUUGUACAGGUGUAUUGGUACGAUUCUUCAGCAGUGCUGUAAUAAAGAACUGGUCAGAAAACAGCUACAGGAGAUCCUGAUCAACGCUCGCCACAAUGAGGCAAUCGAAAGAACGGGUGUUGCAAUGGGAAUUGGGCUGUGUGCUAGCAGCCAUCUUGAUGGCACUCUCAAAAACUUGGAAGAGUUUGGGAAAUCUGACACUUUCAGGAAAGCCUCAGGGAUAUUUAGUCUUCUCAAAGAUAAAAAUGAUGUUGAUGUGGAGAAAAUUAAAAGCACACUGAUUUUAUGUUAUGGAUACGUGGCACUAAACGCACCAGAAGAUCAACUCCUCACUCGCCUUGAUUGUGACAUUCUCCAUAACAUCUCCAAGCACUUCAACACCAAGGUUCUGGGAAUAAAAGUAGAGACCAAGGACCUCACUAUGAAACUCAGUCUUAUCCACAGCGUUGGACUCAUUGCAAAGGCGAUCAGCACUUCUGUCCGUAAACAGGGUUUCCAGUUCUCCCGCAAACAUGAGCUGAUGGGUGUAAUGACGGAUUUUAUCAAAGCUGAACCAGCAGAUGUCAUGCGGACCCCUGUUCGCUAUCUAGUUUUGACCACAUGUGCCAAUCUCAUAAAUUUAGACCCUCCUUUAACAGAAAACGAAAACUUUGAGUUGCUGAGAACGUGUGUAAAUGGAAUUUAUGGGCUUCCUACUCCGGACACGCCAGAUAAAGGGAAAGAUGAAGACGCCUUGGAUCCACAGCAGAGAGAGGUUUUAUAUUCCGACACCUUUAAUGCUCUUCAUGAAUUGCUGAAAAAUGUGUUACGCAGAGACUUGAGUCCUGAUGGUCUUCAGGCUGUGUUCAAGCAUAUAGAGGGCUGGUUGAGCUCAGGGCAAAAUUAUGAGCGGGAGAGAGCAGUGAACACUACCGCUGAGUUACUAAAGUUUUAUUUGGACAGUCUCAAUGUAAAGAACUUGGUGACAUUCCAUAAUCUGGGAGCUCUUUUGGGACGUCUGGCCCCAAGAUGCACAGACCCAAACCCUGAGGUCCGCAGGGCAGCCAUAGACUGUGUUUACAGCCUGCUGUACAUUGAGCUGCGCUAUGAAGGCUUCUCAUUGGACCACAAGGAUGAGUCAAUCGAGAGCAUGUUAGAUAUCCGUGAGAAACUAAACAAUCCUGACCAUUCGGUCUUGUACAAAACUUGCUCUGACUUGACCAAGAUCAUCAGUAAGCGUCUGCCACAACAUCAGUUGAGCCCCCUCCUUUUUAUGUUGUUCGAUGGUUUGGUGGACUCUCAGUCCAACUGCUCCAGAGCCUCCAGUGUGAUCAUCAAUUCUUUGCUAAAGAACAGAGGUGCUGGACUGCAAGAUCUGGUGCCAGAGAUUUUAGAAGUGUUACACAAUCGGCUGCAGCUGAUUGGUGAAGAGCAGGUGAGGGUGGCCGUCGGUCAGUCUAUCCUCAUCCUCGCCACACAGCAUCUUCAAACACUUGUGAACACGCUUGUCGCCUACCCGCUGCCUUACGACAGCUGGAGCUGUGAGAUGUGGAUGGCUCUUGGAGCAGACAGCACUUUGGCCCUGCAAAUCAUGGAAAUGAUUAUUGAGAAGCUGAAUGUCAUGGUCCCCUACGUAGAUAAGAAGGAGUCCAUGCUGAGGCCGGGCUUGACCAAAGUUGCCACCAGCCAACCACUAGCUAUGACGUGUGGCCUGCGUGAGAUGAUGUUGAAUGGUCAGUCAGCAGAUGCGGUGGCCUCUCUCUUUCCACAACUCUUCAGCACGCUGCUGGUGCGUCUGGGCUCAAGCGUGGGAGUUCAGCUGCCCAAAGACCUCAACAGUAACAGUAUCAUCUCAGACCGUAAAACCACCAGCAAAAUCAACAUGGCCAGCUUUGACGUCUGUGGAGUGGCGGUAGAGGCUCUGCGGAUCCUGUUGGCUCGAGCUCAGCUGGACGCUGUCAUGAAACUAUUAGAUCAGGAGGGAGCUUGGGACAAACUGAAGGACCCACAGCAGCACACGACAGGUGUCACGCUACUCUCCAGAGCAAUGGCAAAGCAUGCUGGUCCACGUCUCCCGGCCAUUGUGGAGAAUAUCUGUCCAUCUCUUAAUAAUAUCUAUGAAUGUCAGAGGAUCACAGUCACAGCCUUCUUCUCUGAGCUGCUAAAUCACCAUGUUGCGACCGAACUGAUGAUUUUGGACAUGUUAAUGAACAACAUGAUGGAGAGAAUAACCGACUCUUGCAGUACCGUCCGUAUGCUGGCGAUCCGAGGCCUGGGGAACAUUGCAGUGGGUUCACCUGAAAAGGUGAAUAAAUAUGCGAAGGAGCUUCUAGCAGCCAUGAGUUCAGGUAUGGAGGAAAACGAUGAUCCAGGAAAACAAAUCACACUGGAAGCCAUGUCAGGCAUGUCUAAGAUACUGCUUUACCUGGACCAGAAGAAUGUCCAUCUGCUUGUGGUUUACAUAUUCAUGAAGAUCAAACCCUUUCUGGAGAAUGAGAACAAUGAGAUUCGAUGUGCUUCCAUCAUGCUCCUGGGGAACCUCUCGAAGUUUGGCUUGGGUGAGCCUGUUUUUAGGGACCAGAUUCACAAUGUUCUGGUCAGCUUGCUGUUGCACCUCAGUGAUCCCAACCCUCAGGUGGUGAAGGCAUGUAAGUAUGCCAUGCGCGUGUGUGCUCCGGCUGUAGGAUCAGAGCAGAUCUCCACCAUGUUCCUGAAUCAUCUUCAUGAGGACAAGGGUCUGCAUUACGGAGAGUUCAUUAAUGACCUCACUAAAUACCUGAUCCAGGAUUUUCCAGGCAUGCUGAACUUCUACCACAUCACAGUGAUUCAGUUUUUCAAAAGUAACUGGUCUGAGAUCAGAGCAAGUGCUGCCAUGUUUAUUGGUUUUUUGCUCGGGAACCUACCAGAUGAACACUUCUCUCACAUGAAUAUGGGAUCAGUGACUAAGGGUCUUGUGAUGUUGCUGCAGGAUCCAGAUCCUCUUGUGCGGGUUAAAGCCGCAGAGGCCAUGGGUCAUUUUCACUGAUGUCAUUUCUGCUCAUCAGAUUAGUCUUAAAUUUUAAGUUGCAUUUAUUAAGGAGACAGCCUUGAAUUGUUGUUCUAUAAUAGACCUUUAACGGUUUUAAAUAAGGACCAAAGACUGUGCACUAGUUCUGUAAGAAAAGAGAAAAAUAAAAAGUAGAAUACAUAUAUUGACCUUACAGCACUUUUAAGCACAUGUGUUUUGAAGCAUUGUUGUACACUACAUAGCUAAUUUAUAUGACCAUGCCUGUAAAGUCUAGGCUAAAUUAUAUUAUUAUAAGAUUAUAAGCUUCAGAUUUGAGCUCAUUCAGUCACUGUUAAAUAUAUCAAGGUUAUGGUUUUACUGAAUGUUCUUUGUAUCAUGUAGGCUCAAUUUAAAAAGAUGACUCUAGUUGGGAUUUUACAGACUUGGUCACAUAUAGACACACUCAUUCUAAUUAAAGUGUUUUGCUGUUUACCUACAGUAUAAUCAGA